AUGGCGAGUGUAAGAGGGUUCCUCUUUAUUCUUUUGGAGUAUUGUAGCUAAGCUCUACAUAGCACGGUAUUUCUAGAAGCGAGUACGCUGCGCAGUCCCGAGACGGGCAUCGUCGGGAGAAAGAGCUUAAAAAGAUUGAGGAAUACAACCAACUUGCAGGCGCCGUCCAAGAGCGGGUAUUUUUCCUCCCCCGUUCAACUGGGGGAAAGCUGACGGACAUUAGAGGCUAGCAAGAGAGUAUAAUCUCGAGGCUCUCGAGGGAACUACCCGUCUAUUGAAGAUUAAUCCGGAGUAUUACACCAUCUGGAACUACCGGCGCGAGAUCCUUCAACAGACGCUUUUGUCGAAACACCCAUCUCCUGGGAUCCCCCUUCCCCCUGCUUCAACUUCCGCUCGAACCUGUCCCGAGGUUAAUGAAACGGGCCAGGGCCCGGAAGAAGUUGCGAGGUCUUUGCGUGCGGCCUAUACAUCUAAAGCUACCCUCCACCUAAAGGAGGAGCUCGCCUUCUUACUACCACUGCUCUCCUCAUUCCCGAAAUGUUACUGGAUUUGGAAUCACCGUCUGUGGACCCUUCAACGUGCAACGGAAAUACUACCCGCCGAUAAAGCGGAUAUCUUCUGGCAAGAAGAGUUAGGUCUAGUGGGUCUCAUGCUACGCAGGGAUGUUAGGAACUUCCACGGAUGGAUGUAUCGGCGGUUUGUUAUUUCCAACAUCGAGUCGCCGAGACAGAAGAAUGUCCCCGGUGAUGAGGUUGAAAACCCUUCAUCAAUGGAUACAUCGCUUGUGGAACAAGAGUUUGCAUAUACAACCAAGAUGGUUCAAGGGGUUGGCGGCAUGAGUAAUUACUCGGCGUGGCAUAACAGAAGUAAACUUAUCCCGAGGUUGCUGUCCGAGAGGAAGUGUGGAAAGCAGGAGAGGAUGGAUUUUCUGGAAGAUGGUCUCUUUCGCCCCUUAUUCUCACCGGGAAAAUGCUUACAAAAGGACAUAGAGCUAGAAUUACUAAAACGCAACAUUUCUACGAACCCCCACGAUCAGUCGCUUUGGUUCUAUCACCGCUGGCUAAUAUACUCCAAUACCAUCACCCUAGAUCGCAAUACGCUAGACGCUAUCUCACCUUUUAUGACCCGUGGAACUAAGUUGCUCAUGCUGGCUGCCGAGAUUGGUACUCUCGAGGAUCUACUCGAAACGCAUUCAGGGUGCAAGUAUAUUCUGAAAGCUCUAGUGGAGUACGUAGGCUUAUUGCAGCGGGUCAGAAAGGACCCGAAAGGCCCGGAGGAUGAUGAAGAGGACGAAGAAGGGUUGACUGAGGAUGACGAGAAAAAGGGGUCGGAGGAUAGGAGGACCUGGUUGGCGAAAUUAAUAUCGAUUGACCCGAUGAGGAAGGGAAGGUAUCAGGAGAUACUAAGGAGUUUGGAGAAUUAG